AUUUUCAUUUUAAAGUGUUCCCGGUAGUGGAAUAGUCUAAUCACCCCUCCCCUUUCUCCAGAUAGCUUGCUGCGUGCUGUGAACCUCGGAAAACAGAUUAAAGUCUCAAGAUGUUGGCAUGUGUCAAACUGACCCAGAGGGUUGCGUCCCACCCUGGUCUGCUAGCUGUGGCAGGAACACGACUGAAGCACACCCUGCCUGACCUGGCGUAUGACUACGGAGCGCUGGAGCCCACCAUCUCUGCAGAGAUCAUGCAGCUGCACCACUCCAAACAUCACGCCACCUAUGUCAACAACCUCAACGUGGCUGAGGAAAAACUUGCAGAGGCACAAGCUAAGGGUGAUGUAACAACAGAGAUAGCCCUAGGCCCAGCCCUGAAGUUUAACGGAGGAGGCCACCUGAACCACUCCAUCUUCUGGACCAACCUGUCUCCUAACGGAGGAGGGGAGCCGCAGGGAGAAGUCCUUGAGGCGAUCAACCGUGACUUCGGCUCCUUCGAGAACCUGAAGAAGAAGAUGUCAGCAGCUUCUGUGGCCGUGCAGGGGUCUGGAUGGGGGUGGCUGGGAUAUGAUAAAGAGAAUAACAGACUGAGUAUCGCUGCCUGUGCUAACCAGGAUCCCCUCCAAGCAACCACAGGUCUCAUCCCCCUCCUUGGCAUAGAUGUCUGGGAGCACGCGUACUACUUACAGUACAAGAACGUCCGGCCAGACUACGUCAACGCCAUCUGGAAUGUUGUUAGCUGGGAGAACAUCAACGAGAGGUUUCUUGCCGCUAAGAAAUGAGCAGUCAAGUCCACUUCGCCUAUACAUGUAUUAGGUACUGAUUAUAGCUUUGGAAGUCUUGUGGUAACAGAUACAAAUGCUAACGCUACUUCACCUUUAUCCGUGGGGUGACGUUUAUCCAUUGUCUUUAAAAUCAGCACAUUUAGGAGUAUUAAGUCUGCUGACAGUGGUUUCAAAUUUGCAAUAUUUUCAAAAUGUUCCGAUUUGAAAUUUAAACCACCGUCCGUCGAUUUCAUCUCCCUAAAUACGUUUUCUUACAAACAACGAGUAUCGGUUACCCUCGGAUAAAGGUGAACCAGUGUUAUAUGUGUGAAACGGCAUUACAUAAUUUCACUUGUUGUGUCGCAUAGUGUACUUGUAAUCUGCACACACAAAUAUUGAAUAGAAGCAAAACUGUCAAAUUCAAAGCAAUGCCUUUAACAGUAAGUAACAGCAACAGAAAGUUGGUCUUUUCAAAUUUGAUGCAAGAGAAUAUGAGUUAUGGUAUUGAUAAUUCUUCGAGAAUUUACUGUAAUAUUGCAUCACGCUGCAUUGAAUUUAGAAUUUGGCUGUGAUUGAUGAGGUUCUAUCUUGUUUACGAGACGACAAUCUUUUUGUUUAUUUUUGUUUACACGACUGCUGUGGUCUAAACUUGUCUCUGUGUGACAAUUCGAAAUGAAGUACAAUAUAGAUGAUCUAAAAACAA